AUGCAAGAUGGCAUCAUUUUUAUUGCUAGGGCGCGUGAAGGGUCGCAUGCCAUGAUUGGCAUUUUGAAGAGCCUCUUCAAGAACACAAAUGACGUCAUACCACCACCGGAAGACCCAUCGGCAUCCGUUCACAUCAGCCGGCCGUACAACACAAGACACGAAUUUCAUGUCGGCUUCAACGAGACCACCGGCGAGUUUAAUGGUGUGCCGGAGCCAUGGUUGCAGCUGCUGCGAACCCAAAUCAGGUACGGAUAUUCAUGA